AUGUGGGAGCUGAAAUCCAUCGCCUUUUGGAGGGCAGUGUUUGCAGAAUUUUUUGCCACCAUGCUCUUCGUGUUUUUUGGACUGGGCUUUACGAUGCGAUGGUCUCCGGGCCCCGUCAACGUGCUGCUGGUUUCUCUGGGGUUUGGCUUUGUCCUGGCUGCCCUGGUACAGGCUGUGGGACAUGUCAGCGGGGCGCACCUCAACCCGGCUGUUACCUUCGCUUACCUGCUGGGGGCGCAACUGAGCAUGUUCCGCUGUGUGAUGUACAUAGCAGCUCAGCUCCUCGGGGCAGUGGCAGGGGCAGCUGUGUUGUUCGGGGUCACCCCUCCUGCUGUACGGGGCAACCUAGGGCUCAACACGCUGCAUGCCGGAGUGGGUAUUGGCCAGGGCACAGUCGUGGAGAUAUUCCUUACUCUUCAGUUUGUCCUCUGUAUUUUUGCCACAACAGACAUUCGCAGAAAUGGAUUCAUGGGUUCAGCAGCCAUGAUUAUUGGCUUUUCACUCACUGUAGGUCACUUCUUUGGGCUUUAUUACACUGGAUGUGGAAUGAAUCCAGCAAGGUCCUUUGCACCAGCCGUACUCACUAGAAAUUUUGGAAAUCACUGGGUAUACUGGGUAGGCCCUCUGAUAGGAGGUUCUAUUGCAGCUCUGCUGUAUGAUUUUAUCCUGUUCCCCAGAAUGAGAGGGAUCUCAGAGAGAUUGGCUAUUCUUAAAGGAGCUCAUCCCCUUGAAGCUGAUGGACAACAGGAACCUCGGAGUGAUCCCAUUGAACUCAAAACACAAGCCUUAUAA